AUGUACAAAUCAUCUUUUUCCCUUUAUAAUCCCCAGCUGUGCCAGUUCACUGCACCUGUGCCCCACCUUGCCGUCUACUCUGGCUUCUGUGAGAUGCAGUCCACCGCCUCCCCCAGUUUUGGAGGCCUCCCAAACAGCGCUGCCUGCUCGUCACCCAUCAGUGUGGCCAUCGACAGCACGCCAGCCUCCGAGAGGCGCUUCGAUGGCCACAGCGGGACUGCCUCCCGCUUCCCCUCCAUCGUGGAGACCAGAGAGACAUCGGUGGGCACGGGCGAGGAAGAGAGCCAAACGCCGGUGGCAAGGCCCCGCAUGACGCUGUCUCUCAGCCGACUGCUGCGGCGCGGCUGCAACGGCUCCUCCGUGUUUGCCAGUCUGUCGCCCAAAUGCACCGUGGCGGCUGGCAGCGGCCGGGUGCAGCCCCUGGGCACCAAGCCACAGCCUCACACACAACACCGCAGACUGGCAAACUUUUUCCAGAUCAAAGUUGACAUUCCCCCAGAGUGUCGUAUCUACCCCAUAGACUCUGAAGACGAACCGGAGAGCCCUGGCUCUGCAAGAGUAGGUGUGAAGGAGAUAAUCUGCCCCUGGGAGUCCAUCACCAAGUAGAACGCAGAAGUGGCUAGAACCACAGCUGUCCAAAAAACUAAAUCUAGGCAGCAAAUGGACCUUCAGUGCAUUGACUUAAUUUCAUGAUGGAGCUAUUAUAGUACACAUUGAAAAACAUAAGUGGAGGUAGUAAUAUGAAGCAGUGUUGUUUUUUGAUGUGUCUGAUAGCUUAAUAUUAGUGCCUAAAUGUUCUUUUUGUCUGUGAAAUAAUCACGUCACACCAAUAUGAGCAUUUAAAACACCACAGAAAAUCCCAUCAUUAUUUGCCUGUUAUACGCAUCAAUUGAUUUACCUCUGAUUUUAUAUGCAACAUCAUUUUAAGAAUGUUUAAAUGUUUUUGCUGAAUUGUAAUUCUGCAUUUCAUAGUCAUAUGACAGUUUUUUAUGGCUGGGUAAUUGUUUUUAUAUUAUUUACUGACUUGUGGGGAAAUCUUUGAAAAUACAUAAAUAUUUUCAUAAAUGUAUUUCUAUGAAAUAGGACAAAUGUGAAGACUGUAAGAAUGUAUUUCAUGUAACAUGUUUACAUAUUACACAAUGUGAAUGUGUUCAUUUCUUAUAUAUAGCUUGUGUAAGUGCCUAAAUAAAAUAGUUAAAAUGUUAUAAGAA